CGUUCCGAGGCUACCCGUUAGAGCUGUCUUGUUUCAGAAGUCAUAGAAAAGUACCACAAAAGCCUCUAUAAAGUACCAGGUGGGGGAUCUGUACUGCAACUUAAGAAGAAGAAGAGAUCUUCACGAGUUUAUUUGAAGGAAUCAAGACAUCAUGGGUCAAAAGUCAAGAGAUCUGGACAAUCUCGUCUCUGGAAUGGACGACAUCACACUCUUCGUCAUCAAAAUCAUAUUUGUUGUCAUCGUCAUCUCCAUCACCCAUGCGCUAUACACCUGGUGUACCAAAGGCAAUAAGUCCAGCAAGACCACACGAUCUGCAUCAUCAACAGGUGCACCAAAGGCCACGCCCAAAGCUUCGAGCACAGCCUCGUCGCCCCAAGCCUCGGCUCCUCCAGAGCCACCAGCUUAUGACAGCAUCUACCCAGACCUGAGUAAAGAGCUGAAUGCAGCUAAGAAAUCAAGCGGAGGAGGAGGAUUGUUUUCCUGGCUCUUUGGAUCAGGAGGUGGUGAUGGAGCUCGGGAUUUGGUGUUUCAGAGGAUUGCUGACCAGUUUUAUUCCGUUGAUGAAGUCAGCAAUGCUAUCCGACAAUCGGGACUAGAAUCAAGUAACCUCUUAUUCGGUGUUGAUUUCACUAAGAGCAACCUACACACUGGCAUGCAGACAUAUGGUGGAAGGAGUCUACACAGAAUCCAGCCUGGAGAAAUGAAUCCUUAUCAACAGGUGAUAUCCAUCAUAGGCCGUACCUUAGCUUCUUUUGACGAUGAUGGUCUUAUUCCUGCCUUUGGUUUUGGCGACAUAUCAACCCAGGAUAAGAGAGUAUUUCCAUUUAGGCAAGAUGGCAUCUGUCAUGGUUUCCAAGACGUGUUGGAUUGUUACUCAAGGAUUGCAGCUAAUAUUCAGAUGAGUGGACCAACCAAUUUUGCACCCGUCAUCAGACAGGCUGUUGAAAUCGUUAAGAAGACACAAUCUCAGUACCACAUCCUGAUCAUCGUAGCAGACGGUCAGGUGAACAGUGAGAGACAGACAAGAGAAGCGAUCGUUGAAGCAUCUCAAUACCCUCUCUCUAUCCUCAUGGUGGGCGUAGGAGAUGGACCCUGGGACAUGAUGAAGGAAUUUGACGACAACCUGCCAAGAAGGAAGUUUGAUAAUUUUCAGUUUGUGGAUUUCUUCCGGGUCAUAGCGGGACGAGAGAAUGCCGAGGCAGCGUUUGCACUGAACGCUCUCAUGGAAAUACCGGAUCAGUACAAGCUCAUUCGGAAAUUAGGACUGUUGGAUUUCUAGAACACCAACAGGAGUAGCAAAGUCUCUCUGUAUAGACCGUCAGUGAUGCAUGCCAUGGCAAGAGACUUCACGUUCAAUGCACUUGUGGAAAUUCCAGAUCAGUACAAGCUCAUUCGGACUUUAAGACUGUUGGAUUUAUAGGAUGAGAAUGCCAACUCGGUUUCUAUAGACUGUCAGAUUUGUGUUACAAGUGACAUUUGAUCUAUUUGCUAACUUGCUGUAAUUCACAAGCAAAGGAACAAAAGAGAGUUGUCCAUUAUUAUGAAGAGAUGAUAGAACAGAAUUAAACAAAUUCAGACUGCAAUGAUAUCGGGGACUCUUGAUAACUUGAAUUUACAGUAACAUCUUUGUUACAUAUACAGAGAGAGAAAUAAUAUUCAAAUUUAUGUUUAUUAGCCAUGGUACCUUGCACUUUUUAUGCAGUAAAUAUGACAAUAUUUUUUUAAGUAUUAGAAGCCUUUGAAACUUCAAUAGGUUUAUUAAUUAAAUAAUGCAUAAAUAUUGUUACUUUUAUAAUAUCCUUAUAAGUUAUCUUCAGAAAAUAUUUUCACAUUACUUCCACUGCAACUUUGCAAUUGCAUUUACAAGUUUGCAUUCCUCUUUUUACGUCUUAUAUCCAGAUUGAACAUUUUAUUCAUACAUUUCAUUGAAAUAUGUUUUAUGAGGAUUAUGAACAAAUGCACAAUACUACAAAUGAAAAAAUUCAAAUAUAUAUGUAAGUACAUUGAUUUUCAAAGCCAGGUGUCAACUCCUCCUGUGCAGAAUAUUGAAAAAAUGUUACAAUAUAAAUUAACGAAAUUAAUUUGGUCACAACAUGAAAUGUCACUGUGAUUUGAUAUUUGUACUCAGGUAAUGUUUGCAUGAUGAAGAGAUCAACAAAUGACAGUAAUAAUUGGCAAUACCAAGUAAUUACUGGAAUAACUAUUAGGUGCUGUACAUGUAUGAUGUGUUCAUUCUGAAGUUUGAGAAGCUAUUGUUUAUUGUGUGGUACCGUCAAACUGUUAACUGUAGUAAAUACAUUACUCUUUUCCCUUAAUACUUCUUCCUAAUUAUAUGAUUUGAACUACCUAAUUGAAUGAGUUUGG